GGAAAGUUUGCCACACAGAAGCCACACCAACAUCAUGUUCAUUAGGUGAGCAGCAUGACCAACCAUAUGUUGCCAAAUGGACUGAAAAACGUCGGGCCACAGUCGGUGUACGUGUGUAUGCAUUGGGAUAGACUUCCUCCUCCCCCUUUUGCAUACGAACUCACGAUAAUGGCACAGCACGGCACUAAGGGCAUUAGGAGCGAGCAUGGAAGAACGACAUCAAGCUACACACAUCGGGGCCGGGCUGUACAGCGGGUGCCUAUGCUAAUAUCGACACGCACCGCUCAUACUCACUCACUCAUCACUCACUCAGUCACUGACGUCAUGUCAGCCUUAAUCGAUAUUCAAACAGCGCCCACACGACGCACAAAGCCGCAACAGAGAGCCACGCUAUGCCUCUCCCUGCCUCCCCGCUCGUGUGCCCUCCCUCUCCCUCCCCCGCCCUGAUGGCGUGCAGGUGCUCCUCGACCUCCUCUAUGAGCUGUGGCUGCUCCCCAUCGCCGUUCCGCGGCACCAGCACCAUCGGCCACCCGCCCUCACUCCUGAACGUCAGGCCGUCCUGUGUGACAUUGUAGCACAGAGGCACGUCGGGUGACGCGGCGGGGCCGUCUGGCUGGGGUGUGCUGGCGUCCUCGGCCCAGAGGCGGGCGAGCAGGUUGCAGGCCUGCCCGCCUGCUUGGUAUUCGAUCGGUAGCGUGGAGAGGGGGAGGUUUUGGGUGAAGACCCCGAACUUGCCCACAUUGCUCGUCAUGACGAGAGUAGUGCCGCGCGCAAAGACAUACACGUGGUCGUCGACCUGAUGACAGACGAGGCAAGCAAAUAGACGCACACACAUGAUGCACUCGAGAGCGUCUGUGUGUGCCUUCUUUCAACGCACCCAUAUCUCUUCCUGUGGUCCGUCGAAGACCCCAGCGUGUCUGAGGGAGUUCAUGGUCUUGAUGAGCCUGAAGAGGGGAUGCUCUGUGCUGUAGCCAAGGCGCCAGAGGGGCUUGCGGUUGUGCUCGUCAGUCCACUCCUCCCCAUCUACCUCGGGGCUCGCAUCUACACACACACGCCUCCAUGGUUUCUCUCCUGGUCUAUGUCCGAGCGUACCGUCGCCUUGUUCAGUGCCGUAAUAGAUAAAAGGGAUCCCUUCGGUCGAGAGGACGAAGGUCAGCGCGCUUUUGUAGAGCUGCACAUCCUUUUGAGACCGCAGGAAGCGGGGCAAAUCGUGGGAAUCGACGAACACGCCUAAUCCUCGCGGAUCCCUGCACACACAGACAGGGAAUGUGGGCAUGACAGUGGGCGGGCUGCUCACUUAAUGUUCCGCUUGACGUCAUUGAGCGUCCCGCUGAUUUUCCACAUAGACCCCCGAUCCACAAACACGUCGCGCAGCGCGAAAUACAGAGGGUAGUUGAAGAGACCGUCGAGAGCCGUGCCGCCCGUUUUGCGGUCGUACUGGUAGGGCGCCACAUCGGCGGCCUUUUGGCUGAGGACCUCGCCGAUGGCGUAUGUGUCCUCACCAAUGGCCGCACUCAGCUCCUGCCAGAAGGCUAUCGGCAUGUGCUUGACGGCGUCAAGGCGAAGACCGUCGAAGCCCCACUUACUGGAGAGACCUGCUGUCCACUGAUGGGCACACACACGACCGAUGCACACGAGGAAGACAGAUGGCUGUGUUGUGUGAGUUACGUUGAUGAGGAAUUCUCUGACGAAUGGUAUGGACUCGUUGAGGUCGGGCAGCUUCCACAGCCAACAAACCUCGUUGGAGGUCUCAUUCUCAAAGUCCAUCGGGCAGUAGGGGUGGUAGUACUUGGGCGAGUUGAACGGCACCACCUGCGUCCAGUUCAUGGGCUCGGGAACAUCAGUAUUCGGACCCGCAUUGUUGACCACUGAUCAAGGAAGCCGCCCAAUGGCACACACGACACACAGCCAGCAUCAUGUGUGCGUGUGUGUGUGUGUGUCCUCCCUCACCAACAUCGACCAUCACCCAAAUGUCUGACUGGUGCGCCUUCGCCACCAGCUUCCUCAGGUCCUUCGCAGUGCCCAGCCGGUCGUUAAGGGACGUCCAGUCGAGAGGAUGGUAGCCGUGAUAGCCGCACGGCAGGUUCUUCAUGAUGGGCGAGAUGUAGAUGGCGUUGAACUCCAUCCCCUUUAUGUACGGCAGGUUGUUGGCCAGCGCCUCCCACGUGCCGCCACAGACGUUGCCGCCCGUGCAGUUGCCGAUGCCGCACGUGUCCUCGAAGGAGGCGAACCGGUCCACUAUCAGCUGAUAGACCACUCGACGUGAGCUGAUCCAUUCUGCCGGAGAUUUGGCCUCGCACGCCAGGGCCAAGAGCCACGCCACCAGCACCUGCAGCGACGGCCCUGUCCUCGUGCUGACAGAAAGCAGCAUCGAUGUAACUUUUUUGCCCUUCGCCCGUUGAGUCGACGCGUCCGGC